AUGGGAACAGGUGACAGAUUGCUAGACAUCCCGUGCAAGGUGUGCGGAGACCGCAGCUCGGGGAAGCACUACGGCAUCUACAGCUGUGACGGAUGUUCCGGGUUCUUCAAGCGCAGCAUCCACCGGAACCGGGUCUACACGUGCAAGGCGGCGGGCGAGCUGAAGGGCCGCUGCCCGGUCGACAAGACGCACCGCAACCAGUGUCGCGCCUGUCGACUCUCGAAGUGCUUCCAAUCGGCCAUGAACAAAGACGCGGUCCAACACGAACGAGGGCCCCGGAAGCCAAAGUUGCAGCAUCUACAACCGAACGGCGGUGUCCAUCCGGGGCACCAUCUCUCGGGGCCGUUCGUGAACGGCUCGUCGUACGGCCAUGCCUUGCCACAUUUCCCUGCCGGCCUGCACCAUUCGGCCCUCGCAGGACCAAACUCUCUGCUGCACCAUCCGCAGCCCCUCUCGUUCGCCCCGCUCGGCCACCAUAUGGGCCCCUCGCUGUUGCCGCCGGUGAAGCUGGAGCAGAGCAAGUUCGAGUUCCCGCCUCUCGGUGGGAACAACGCUGCUCCGAACGCUGGUUCCGGUUCCGUCCUGUCGCCGAUCAAAAUCGAACACCCGAAGCUGACGGGCGGGGCGGGGUUCGAGUUCGGGCCCCAGCACCACAGCCAUCACCACUUUUACAAAUCGCACGAACCCCUGCCACCGUCACCGACCGAUUCGAAGAGCUCCAUCAGCGUGGACUCACCGUCCGAGAGCCUUACCAGCCCGCAGUCGACCGUCGACGGAAGUUCCAGCGUCCUCAGCCCGACACCGAUCAACGCCACCAACCUGAGCUUGCCGUCGCCGCUCUCGCAGAACGGUGUCCUCGACAUCCUGAUGGCGUCGGACAAGUGCCAAGAGUUCAUCCAGUACCAUCAGCUGCAGAGCGGGGCCUUCGGGUUCGGCACUAACUUCACGUCCUCGUCCGGCACCGGAGCCACCACCAGCACCAGCGCCACCAGUAGCAGUAGCACGGCCACGGUCAGCACGGUCUCCUCGGGUGGACACGCACCACACGCAACGCCGGGACACCAUGCACCUCCACCGCCACCACCGCCACCGCUCGUACCACACCCGAUCGCACUGCCCCCAGAUGGUUCCACCGUCGUGCGGCUACCCACGUGGGAGAUCCUGCAGGAAACGACGGCCCGGUUGCUGUUCAUGUCCGUGCGCUGGGUCCGCUGCCUGAUCCCGUUCCAGACGCUCUCCAAGAGCGACCAGCAUCUGCUCCUGCAGGAAUCGUGGAAGGAGCUGUUUCUGCUCAACUUUGCCCAGUGGAGCGUUCCGUGGGACCUGAGCGCACUGCUCGACUCGCCGCCGGUGCGUGAUCGGCUGCCGCAGGACGCGGCCACGCAGCUGGAGAUGAAAACGAUGCAGGAGAUCCUGUGCCGUUUCCGACAGAUUUCGCCCGACCUCAGCGAGCUGGGCUGCAUGAAGGCGGUGAUACUUUUCUCGCCAGAAACGUCCGAGCUAUGCGAUGUCCAGCCGGUGGAGAUGCUACAGGACCAGGCGCAGUGCGUGCUGUCGGAGCACGUCCGGGUCCGGUACCCUCGGCAACCGACAAGAUUCGGGCGCCUCCUGCUGCUGCUGCCCCUGCUGCGCACCAUCCGCUCGACCACCAUCGAGACGCUGUUCUUCAAGGAGACCAUCGGCAGCGUGCCCAUCUCGCGGCUCCUGAUCGACAUGUACCAGAUGGAAAAGUACACCGACCUCGAGGGUGGCACCCAAGCCCUGAACCACGGUGCCACGGUCACCCCCGGCAAGGGCUAG